AUGCCAUAUAAGCUGUGGAAGGUGCGGCUCCAGUGUACUAACCCUGCCUGUGCCAGGCAACAGCUGUGUGGUGGUGGACUGCACAGGAGGGUACGACAGGUGUUAGACAUUGACAGAUACUACAACCUGGUGACAGAGACCCUGAUCUGCACCAGGUGUAGAACCAGCUACCUGUCCUGGAGUCAUGCUGUGCUGCAGCAGUUGGACCUGGCCCAUCGAGCUGAAUUCAGGGUCAUCCUCACACGCAAGUAUGCCUGUGACAUUCGGGUUCUUCGCUUGCUGCGUGAGAGGGGCAUGGGGAAUGGCCCAGUGAGGAUCAUCGGCCAGCUGAGAGAGAACCACAGUGAGGAGUGGUUGAAACGUGCGCUUCGGUACACAUCAGAGUGUGUGGCCUUUUUUGAUAAUCGUGGCCUGCAUCCGCUGCACUUCCAGGAGCCACCACCACUUGCUUCAGUACCCAGCUACAAAUGGCUCCUCACUAUCACCAAGAAGUUGAGCGGGCCUGCGAAAGGCACAGCACAGUGGCUUACCUCAGUGGGCAAUGAGAUAGGUCAGGUGCUGAUGAGUGUCCUGACUGCGAAUGAAGGGGCUGGGUUAGACCUCAUGGCUGCAGGGCUCAUGGAGCGAUACCGGAGUGCUGGUGUUGAUCCUCCCACUAUCAUUUAUGUGGACUUGGGAUGCAGGGGAUCUCACUCUGCUGAGACAGGCCAAAAGGGAGCAACUCAUCCAACAGGGCUGGCCUACUCUGUCGGAGGCAGAAUUUAUGUUAAAUUUUAUGUUUUGCAUUUUCUCAAAGCAAUAUUUGGCUUUCUAUUUCUUUUUCUAGGGAACAGCGCAAACAGCCUGAACUUCCAGAUUUAUCUCCUGGAAGGUUUAUUACGCUGGAAUCAGGACCGGGCUGAAGCUGCUGUUGCAGAUGGAGGUUCAACUCUGCGCUCUUACACAGGGGAGCUGGUUUACUCUGUCAAUGAGAACUACAAUAAGUUGUAUGGCAGGAAAUUGGUCCCUAGCUUCACUCCACCUGCAGUAUACACAGGGGAGCUCAUUGGAGUACAGUACUUGUUGAGGCAGAAUAGUCAGCCCCUGGAGGACAUGUGCCCUACCUCUGAUAGGACCUCUCAAUUGCUGGAGGAGAUAGAUGUGGAGGAGCAAGUGGAAAAGGAUGAGGGUUUCAUUGAUUUCUUUGGAGAGGAAGCCACAGUGGCAAAUCUUGUGGCAUCAGAUGACUUAGUCCUUUCAGGUCCACCAGUUCUACCAGCUGCACCAGUUCCCAGUGUCCAGGCUCCUACAGCUGCACCACUGCCCAGUGUCAAAAUUCCACCACUGCCCAUUGUCCAAACUCCACCACUGCCCAGUGUCCAGACUCCACCACUGCCCAGUGUCCAGACUCCACCAUUGCCCAGUGUCCAGACUCCACCACUGCCCAGUGUCCAGACUCCACCACUGCCCAGUGCUCCACCAUUGUUCACAGUCCGGGCUCCUUCAGCUGCACCAGUGCCCAGUGUAGCUGCAUCACUGCUCAGUGUCCAGGCUCCACCAUUGUUCACAGUCCGGGCUCCUUCAGCUGCACCACUGCCCAGUGUCCAGGCUCCACCACUGCUCAGAGUCCGGGCUCCUUCAGCUGCACCAGUACCCAGUGUCCAGGAUCCUUUAGAUACACCAGUGCCCUCAGCAAUGGCUGUUGACGAACACUGCAUUCCUGGAAUGGACCGGGUGGAUGCGUUGGCAGAGUGUCUGGUGGAGCUGCGCACACAGACAAGCCUCACACUUACCAACCAACAAGUUGCGACCAUUGUGGGUCUGUGGCAGAACCUGGACAAAUUUGAUAAAGACAGGGUGGUGUAUGCUGCUCGUCAUCAAGACAGGCUACUUACAGGACGUUUUAGGUCCCCAAAAAAGAAAGCUGUCUUCACUCCUGGUGUCGACAGCACAAAAAGGUGUGUUUUGGGUUCUAGCGGCUCUCCAGCACAGUGGCCUAAUUGCUGUCGCCUUGUUGAAAUGAUUUUCAUAAGGUUAUGUAACAUCCACCGAAGCCCCAAGAAACAGCGGACAGAAUGUCUGUCUAGAUGGGAUCUCAUUCUUCGUGAUUACAGAAAAAUUCGGCAGCUAAUCCUGAGCAAUGGAACGGUGAUGAGUGACACAACCCUUCAGCUAGUUGAGGUAAAUCAGAGGACCCUUACGACAUGGCACAAUAACCGUUUAAAGGGUCAGGAGGUCUCCUUGCUGUUGCAAGGGCUGGACCUUCCAGAGGCACGUCCAGUGGCUUUGGAUGUUUUGCCUCCAGCACGAGUACAGCCUGUUGUGCCUCCACAAUAUAGCCACCAGUUGCAUACCUACCAGAUGCCACCAGACACAGCUGGACAGGCAAAGACAAAGUUUAGAAAGAUUGCGCCCUCAGCUACCUGUACAUCUGCCACAGCAACUUCAAUCUGGCCAUCAGCCGUACACCCUCAGCGUUCAGCCACGUCCAGCCAGCUAAGGACAAUUUGUCCCAGGCCGACAGCACCACACCCAUUGGUUCCUGACACACCCACUGCCCCUGUUGUGUCUCAGAUGUUUCUGGUGCCCUGCCCAGACCCAUUUUCCACCAUUAACCCUGGAGCAAUUUCCUCUGAGCCACCUGCAAAUGACACAGCCACUCCAACCAAACGAUCGUACAAUCGCACU